AUGUUCCUUGAUCCGGAAAAGUCACUAAACCUGUUCUCAAGUAAAGGAAAACUUACACAGUGUGACAAUGCAUUGAAAGCUGCAUUGAAUAGUGCACUUAGUCUGGGGUGUUCUUCUAAUGAUGGUGCUGUGAUUAUGAGUUGUAAGAGUCUUAGUUCUUUGGUGGACAAGAAGAAUUAUCACAAAGUAUUCCAAGUAUGCCCAUCGAUAGGAGUGACGUAUUCUGGCCUCCAACCAGAUUUCAGAGCGCAGCUAGUCGUAGCACAACGCAUAUGCCAAGAUUAUUUUGAUGUAUACUGGAGAUUUCCAUACUUAGAUGUCUUUAUAAAUGAAUUUUGUCUGAGUGUGCAAGAAUUCAGUCAAAAGGGUGGAUUACGUCCAUUUGGAACAUUCCUGAUUUUCUGUGGAGAGACAAAAAAUGGUCCAUGCUGUUAUCAGAUGGACCCAUCAGGUAGUUUUAAGCAAGUUGAGUUAGUUACGGCAGGAAAGAACUAUGAAGAAGCAAUAAAAUUUUUAGAAAAGAGGAGAGAAAAUCUUGACGACAACAUUGUGAAUGGUGUGAAUGUAUUGAAGGAGUUUGAAGGGAGAUAG